AUCAAGUUAUUGUUCUUAUCUCUGGUGUGUAAAUAUUUCCUAAAAAUAUUUUUUGAGAUAGAAAUGGGAUCCUGAGGGUCUUUUGGAAUAUGCAGAUGGCUUGCUUCCUUAGUCAGUGUAACCUUUCCAAGUGCUUCUUCCCAGAGGGGUCAGAUCUUGGCUUUGAGCAGGCCGCAUCUUUAGUAUCCAUUUAGCAUUUAGGAGAAGUUUUACUUUUUCCUGUCACUCUGCUACAAUUUAUAGUCAUACAGCGAUGACUUAUUUAGGGCAUCUUCUAAAUGGUCUAAUUUAAAUUAUGCCGAUUAACUUGCUCAGGUGUAGAAUCUGCUGUAUUGAUUUGUCAGAUGGUGACGGACACGUGCGGUGUAAUGUCUUUCAUAGAAUUGCAGGAUUAGAGAAAACCAUCGGAGGCACCGUUUAAUCCCCAGCUGAGUGAGGAGAAAUCACUCAAGACAGAUCGCCCAGUAGUGCCGGCAUUCAGUCCCUACUCAAACACCUCCUCCGUUCUUAGGGAGGCCUCUUCCACUCCCGGAGGCUUCAGUCAAUCAGCAGUCGAGUGCUCUGCAGUUAUCUAGAAUGAGUUGGCUCAUUGGCUUGCAGGACAGUCUACAAUUAUGUAAAGGUAGUGCUUGUAUUCCCCUUAAAUAUUCUUUUCUCCAGGCUUACUAUUCAUAGCUCCUUCAACAAUACCUUUUAUUAUGUAGUUUUCAUUUUUAUUUUAUUAUUUUCUUCAGGCAUCAGGCUGUUCACGUCUGAAAUUGACUCCAGGCUAUGUUUGUUACGAGUCUUAAAAAAAAUAAAUUGCUUAUCUCCGGUUACUCUUCAGAACAUAGCCUCUUGCCAGCUGGUUUAGAAACGUUUUAUUGAGAGGCGUAGACGUGCUUGCUGAGACUUUUACAGCUGGAACAGAGUUGGAAUGUAUAAUAAUAUAAUACGAAUCCAUUUGAACAAAUGUAGUUAUUGAGGUUCUGGCGUGUGUAAGAUACACGGGAAUACAAAAUACAAUAGAGAUGGAAAUAGAAUGUAAGAUACAAAGAACAGUGCUUCACUAUUUUCAAUAUCAAAGCUUUCAUAAUUUACUAUAUUAAAGCCAAGAACUAUGCAAGGGGAACUGUAAUUAAAAGCAGCAUUUUAAAUAGAGGUAUAUAUGAGGCACAAAGUCACCCCUGGCUGAUGAGAUCCCAAAAGAUUUCAUAGCAGGGGGGGCUCCUUCAGAUAGGCCCUGAUUGUGACAGGUACCCAAGUGGCAAAGUGUAAGGGUGUUUUCAGAGCAGUAUGUUAUUUGAGGGCAUAUCAAGUGAAUGUUGUUAAAAAAAACUUAGAAUGUCUGGGAUAUGUUGUCUAAGGACUUGGAUUCCAGCUGAAAGAGUUUGUACUCACAACAAUACAUAACAGUGAACACACGUGCUGUAACACAUCAAAAACUUGGUCCCUGAUUUUGGCAUUUCCAUAUGUUUUACAAAACAUUGUUAAAUAAAAUAAAAUGGAAGAAAGAUAUGUGAAAACUUCUAUGCAUAAAUUAUAUUUUAGUUAUAAAGAGUAGGAAGGGUGUAUAUUUUGCAUGUAAGACCUAGUGGUUUUGAAUUAGAUAUUAUUAUUACCUUCUUUUUCCCAGAAGCCCAGCAGUUUCAAGGACACUAACAAAUGAAAGAGGUAAAGUGAAUAUAUUGCUGAUGCACUUGCUGUUAUCCUCAUACCCGUGCCGGUUAUUGGUACCUUUUCUAUUUACUACUCUUUGGCCAUAUAAAUGGCAUGCCACACUGACAUCAGGGUGAGCGCAGAUGGUUGCCAUUUUAGUACAACAUAAAUUAACCUUUUCUUCACUUUAUAUUUUCUGUUGAUUAAUGGUGGAGAUACAGGACUUUGGGAAAUAUUACUAUGGGGGUGUGUUACUUGUAAGAAUGCUACCUGUGUAGUACCAGAUAGAGUAUGCAGUGAGUUUUAUUGUAUCUUAAUGAUAAUUUUGAAAAAUAUUUUUACUUUAGCUCACCUGUCUUUAGUAUCUAUGAGAAAACUCUCUUCUUUUAAUCUACCCAUGCAGGUUGCUUAUUAAUCCGCAUAAUGAAUAGUAGUGAUGGUGAAUACCAAGGUGGACACGUUUCAUAGAACACGUGGACCUGUAUGCAGAAGCAGUACAUUAUACAAUAGCUAAAAGUUAAUGAUUAUAUGUUACCAAAAGAAAAGUUACCAUUUCCUCAGUGGAUACUUUGAUUCUGGAACUUAUAACCACUGUGGCAAGUAACAUUUUAGACUUAGUCACUCUUUUAGUCUCUGGAGAAGUACACAGAGCUUUGUGAGGACGAGGAGAGAAUAGGAAUAUAAUGUAAUAAAAUAACUUACACAGUUCAUUAAUUUUUAAGUACACUUGAAUGCCUGUGGGGACACUGAAGUUUCAGUAACAGUUGAUGAUAGGCCGUCUGAGCAUUUACUAUUCUUUAGACUUUAUUGACGGUCUAUCCUGAAGUAUUAAAUGUAGAUGGAGACUGAAGGAGAAAGAGUACUCCUUUCUGCAUAGGAACGAGCAUUAUAUACAUGCACUCCCAUUUGAAGAAUGUAUUGGCUUUGACCUAGAGGCUGAAAGGCGUGAGGUAAUGGUGCGUCUUCUUAUCAUCUAGAGGAGGGAAUGGACGGUGUUCGAGCCAUCUGUAGGUCUGGGGACUGUCUUAGCAUCAGGUGCUGUACUUUGUAUAGUUACCCAGGCUUGAAGGGAUCAGAACACAACUAAUUUGUGCUAAGGGCCAUUUAAUAAAGAGAAAGUUGUCGUUAUGGGGGCAGUUUGUAAGAAAAAUAAAAUCAUGGGGCUUGAAAGUACUGAAGUAGAAAAAGGAUCAUUUUGGAACCAAAGAUUGUAAACCAUGUAAGGUUUCUCAUGAAAGUUUUCUUCAUUCAUGUGUGUGCAUACGUGUGUCUGUGUAAUGCACUUGUGUCUUUGUCCCUGUUCACUCGGUGAGCUAUAAUCUUCACUUGACUGUACUGUGUAAUUGACUCUUGAGCUGGGUUCUGGUUUUAUGGAGAACUGGCCCCACAGGAGCACUGCAGCCUUACACUGGCGUGGAAAUCGACUGUGGCCCUGAGAAAGAAGGGCACCCUGGUCGUUUUGCCAAGUAUGCUUCUUGGGAGCCAGUUUUCUGGAAAAACGACAGAGGAUUGGGGAAUGCUCAUUUGAGAAGAAGAAAACUCAAUAUGGGCUCUUACGAGAGAAGAGUAAGAACUUACUCUGCCAUUCUGAACAUUUUUAGAGAUGUCAGCUUGUGAGGCCAGUCAGCCUCUCAGGGUCAAGUUACAGCAAAGCCUGUGCAUCAUCUAAGACACGGGGAGGCUCUUGUUGUAGAGAACCGGGAUCUCAGAAACAUGGAGACCCAGAGAAUUACCGCAGCCAUCCACGAAACCAUCGUUCUCAUGUUGUAACUAAGUGAAACCAAUCCUGAAUUAAACGAUGAGUUUUAAGAGGGUUACCUUGGGAAACAGCAAGUCUCAGUCCUUCCGGUUGAAUGAAAUGAAUAUAUAUCACUGGGUUGGAACUGUGCGCUCUCAUAACAUACUUGGAAGCAUAAAAUAUGAGCAUUUAAAUUUUUUCUGGCAAUUUCUAAAGAUGAAGUGAAAAAUAUAUGUUAUCCUGAAAAACAUCCUUUUAUUCUCAUAAUUCAUUUGUUCUCUUUCAUGAUAUAAAAGAGAUGCAUUUGAAAAUAACACCAGGAACUUGAAGAUUUCACAUUUUGUUAUUAUGAUUUAUAUUUUCAAUGAUGUAUUUUUUCACAAGUUGAUUUAUUUCAUUGCUAUCAUCCUGGUCUUUAUAUUCCAGUUUAUACUGAAAUUAUGGUAAUACUGAUUUCAUUUAGUCUGAAAUUAUUAUUAUAAAAUAGGAUAAUAUUUACUCAUCCUUGUUUUGUCUUUUCCACAUGCCAUCGCCAGCAACUAAGUAUAAACCAGAGAGUGAGAAUUCUGAGUAAAAUCUUCCGCAAGCUCCAAUAGUAUUCGGGCAGUCACUCGCAGCUUGUGGAGUGUUAAUUAUAUACCACUGGCUGAUGAUGUAAAGGAAUAGGUGAGAUUAUGCUCUAAUGGAAAACACAGGAUCACUGCAGGGAUUUAAUGCUUAAAUUAAUGAUUGAUACGGGGAGAGAAAAGGCACUGAAAAAAGUUAGUGUGAGAUCACCCAGACCAGGAGGAUCACCCAGACCAGAUCAGACCGGGAGGCUGACAAUGGUCUACCCGUAUCAAUCCAGAGUGUUUCCCAGGAGUGGACACAUAGGUUCACUUUUACAAUCCAGAAUCCUUUGAUAACAAUUUGGGAAGCUUAAGGAAGUUGUUCAGAGAUUGCUGUUUUCAAGCUCAGUAGAUGAAGCAGUUGGAUGUGAUUCUUUGUUAGGCCCCUCCCAGCACUCACUCACAGGCAGAGGAGGAAGUGGCUACCACGCCAACCUAGAGCGUCCUAGGAAGUGCAGACAGAGGGCCUGGUUUCAGUUUUGAGUUUUGGAAUAUGGAAAGGGGAAGGCUUCAGCAUUUCUUUUCAACAUUGAAAGGAGCCCUUCUGAGAUCCAUACAUUUAUGCCAGUCCUGUGUUCACUGAGCCCAUUUCUUGGUAACAUGGGGAGAGGAAUAUAUGUAAAACAAGUGGUUAGCAAUAAUAAAGUCUGCAGGUUUAAGAUAUUAUCAUGUGAUAAAAUACUCAGUUGUUUUAUUCAGAUAUUUCGAAAAUAAGACAACAGAAAAAGUACUCAACGGCUUUGGAUCACUUUAAGUGGAAGCAAGGUCACCUUUCAUGUCGCCCUUAAGGAGUGAGUGACUGGUUGGGACAACUAACGUGUAUGAAGUUGUACUGUUUUGAAUGUACAUUUAAAAUUUUUUUCAGUAAAAAUUUUUUAAAAUGUAAUUUCUUUAUCAAGGAGGGGUAGACCCAGUUGAUGAACUUCAUGAAAGCUAUCCCAAUAAUGAUUUCUUUGUCAAUUUUUAAGAUUCAUUUACUUGUGAAUCUGUAGGUUACAAUGCAGUGCAUAGUGUAAAUAUCAUGAUACUUAUAACACCCUAAACACAUACUUUUAAAAUAGACUUUAUUUUGCAGCUAAGUUUUAGGUUCAUAGCAAAAUCGAGUGACACAGAUAUUUCCCAUGCUUCUCCCCCAACUUACCCCAAUAUCAAAAUCUUGUACCAAAGUGACACAUUUGUUAACUGAUGAACCUACACUGACCUGUCAUUACUACCCAAAGUCUAUGGUCUACACUGGUAAAACCCUAAAUAUUUGAAUUCCAUGUACUGAGGUGAAACAUUGGUUAGUUCAAAUGCUAGAGAUGUUGGCACAAUGUAACAUCUAUAACAUCCAGUCACCAGAGAAAAACAAUCUAUAACUUGUUCUGUAAUCGACAAUGCUAUGGACACAUUAGGUCUUUCAGUUUUUAAUUUUAAAAUGGUUAUAUAAUACCUGAUGGUCUUCGUUUUAACCCUUGUGAACCCUAAAUCACUGCUUCUCUGGAAUAGCAUAUGGUUAUAAUCUGGUUUAUGGUUUGAAACUAAAUGGAAAACUAGGAGUAUAGGAUAUAGGCAACUUUAAAUAUCACCAUUAUUUUUAUGUGAGUGGGUAAUUUCCAUUUUAAAAACAUUCUAGCCAAAAGUUUUGUGUGCUAUUAAAAUGAGUAAGAACAGAUCGAAAGAUUUUUAAGAGACGCUGAUUUUUUAAUAUUAGCCAUUUGAGAUUAAGGACUUAAUGAAUAAAAAGGAUUUUAUAUGUUGUAUAAUGGGUAUUUUAAUAGUGAAAACAUAUAAAAUACGCUUUGGAAAGGUCUAGGGUUGUCCUCUUGCCUUCUUUGACCUCACUGGAGCCAUGCAGUACAGAAACGAUUUUUUUACUUUUUUCCUCUUUGACAUUUGAUUCCUCUUCAGAGGAAUCCACAAUAGGAGAUAAAAAUUGCGGGGACAAAUUGCAAGAAUAAUGCUGAAAGGGUUUUCACUCUUGUUUAUUUAAAAGUAAUCCUGGUGGGGGAAAAAGUCAUCUACUUAAAAAUUAAACUAAGAAAUUUACGGAAGGAAAGUGCGUCCCCUAAACACCUGGAAACACACGCCUAUGCCUUUGCCCUAGGAAAUAAACAGAUAGGCAGAGGCCAGCCCGCAGUAGUUGAGGGCUUGGUUUAUUCUGGGAGGAAAAGCGCCCCCCAUCCUAACCCCCGCCCCGCCGCGGUUCAACCGAGGCUGUCCAAGCCCUUGCAGCCGGGUCUGUGUGCCGGGCUGUGCCAGCCCCAGGCGAGGGGAGUGGUUCCAGGAGCUGGGAGCCCCGACUGCCUCGCCCUGGACCGCAGCGCUCACACCGCCCGGGAAGGGCUUGAACUUUGCCCUCGCUCUCCUCCCGGGUCCGCUGAGACCCGGGGGAGUGCGAAUGCAGUGACGUCUCCGCUCAUUUCAGUUGCACAAUAGGAAAUGCUCUCGGCCUCCCCCUUCCUGCCUGGAGAAAGUGGGGCUCGCUUCUCCCGGCGGCCGACGCCGCGCCGGCCGAGACCUAGUUUCGGGGCCGCAGCGCCGGGCCGGCCCUCCGGGACGUUGGCUCCCGGGCGCCCGGAGCAGGGACACAGGAGGAUGCACGUACGUGCACAGCUCACUUUACGAGCUCGCCAGGGUACGCCACUGUGCUGAACAGACGGGCAUGUCGGGCGAUCACUGGCCUCGGGGAGACCACGUCACUUGCAUAAUAGAGAGAACACCCGCUCAGGUGGAGUCUUUGAUUUUUUUUGAAAGACGAAAGUAAUCAGAUCUACUUGAAAAAUUAAGUGAAUUGAUUUGAUUGGAACACUCUUACCAGUUUUUUAACAUUCAGCAGUUGGAUUCCAGAAGCUGUACGUGAGUCCCUGUGGGAGAGUCGGCACCAUGGCAGGCGCAGACGGUUGCGAUGCGGUUUUGUGAUGUGAGGAUAACAGGAAGCGUCAAGACAAUCAUGCCCAGGACCACUCCACACCACUCAGAUCAUUUUAUCUCAGUGAAACUGGCCAUUGAACUUUGCUCUAGUUGAUGGACAAAAUUUCUGCUAGACUAUUCAUCAUCCCAAUUUCAUCUGAGUUGAAAAUAUUCAAAUGCCAUAAGAAAAUUUCACAGACUUAAAACACUUAGCUUUCGGGCAGACGUGGCUGCAAUGGAGAGAACUGUGUUAUAGCCCUGGCCCAAGGACAUUGCCCCUAGCCUACGGGGUGGGCGUCAGAGGUUGCCAAGAGAAGGCACGCUCAGCAAGCUUGCAGACACCUGGAACAUGGCAGCAAGCAAGCUUUGAAAAGCACAGCGUUGGAGACGCUCCAUGAGUCUGCAGGGCUUUCCAGCGAAUUAGCACUUAAGAACUGUGUAACGAAAAUGGACACUGGGGACACAGCUCUAGGACAAAAAGCUACCUCAAGGUCUGGAGAAACUGAUAAAGCAUCAGGUAGAUGGAGACAGGAACAAUCAGCUGUUAUUAAGAUGAGCACUUUUGGCAGCCAAGAAGGACAGCGGCAACCGCAAAUAGAUCCGGAGCAGAUCGGAAACCCAGCAUCAGCACAGCUCUUCGGUUCUGGGAAGCUGGCCUCCCCCGGCGAAGUGGCACAGCACGUCCCAGAGAAGCAAUACCCACCGCACCGUCCAAGUCCUUACUCAUGCCAACACUCCCUCUCUUUCCCGCAGCCCUCGUUGCCGCAGGGGGUCAUGCACAGCAACAAGCCACAGCAGAGCCUCGAAGGCCCUCCGUGGCUUUACCCUGGCCCUUUGCCACCUGUUGCCUCUGAGGACUUAUUUUCCUUUCCUAUCCAUGGCCACAGUGGUGGUUAUCCUCGAAAGAAGAUUUCAAGUCUGGCCCCUGCUUUUAGCCAGUACUCCCAGAAAAGUAUCGAACAGUCAGAAGAUGCUCACAAGAAAGAGCACAAACCCAAGAAGCCCGGCAAGUACAUUUGUCCUUACUGCAGCAGGGCGUGUGCCAAACCCAGUGUGCUGAAGAAACACAUCAGGUCCCAUACCGGGGAGCGGCCAUAUCCGUGCAUACCUUGUGGCUUCUCUUUCAAGACAAAGAGCAAUUUGUACAAGCACAGGAAGUCACAUGCCCAUGCAAUUAAGGCAGGCUUAGUCCCUUUCACAGAGUCAGCUGUAUCUAAAUUGGACCUAGAGGCUGGUUUUAUUGAUGUAGAAGCAGAAAUCCAUUCAGAUGGUGAGCAGAGUACAGACACAGAUGAGGAGAGUUCUUUAUUUGUCGAGGCCUCCGACAAAAUGAGUCCCGGUCCGCCGAUCCCGUUGGAUAUUGCAAGCAGAGGGGGCUAUCAUGGCUCACUGGAAGAAUCACUGGGAGGUCCAAUGAAGGUGCCAAUUCUGAUUAUCCCUAAAAGUGGGGUUCCUUUAGCUAAUGAAAGCUCUCAGUAUAUUGGCUCCGACAUGCUCCCCAACCUGGCUUUAAGUACUAAGGCUGAUGACUCCCACACGGUAAAACAGAAACUUGCACUAAGACUGUCAGAGAAAAAAGGACAAGAUUCUGAGCCAUCUCUAAACCUUCUGAGCCCGCACAGUAAAGGAAGCACUGACUCUGGUUACUUUUCUCGCUCAGAAAGUGCAGAGCAGCAGAUCAGCCCUCCAAACACAAAUGCAAAGUCUUACGAAGAAAUCAUUUUUGGCAAAUACUGUCGGCUUAGUCCCAGGAACACACUCAGUGUCACUGCCACCAGUCAGGAGCGUGCCACGAUGGGCAGGAAGGGUGUGAUGGAGCCGUUGCCUCAUGUCAACACCAGGUUAGAGGUCAAGAUGUUUGAAGAUCCCGUCUCACAGCUGAUCCCAACCAAAGGCGAAGUCGAUCCCAGUCACACAAGCAUGCUGAAGUCCACCAAACUCAACAGCGAGUCCAGACAGUCCCAGACUAUUCCACUGUCCGUCCGGAAUGAAGGAAAACUUUACCCUGCAAAUUUCCAAGGCAGCAACCCAGCUCUCUUAGAAGCUCCUAUGGACUCUUCCCCCCUUAUUCGAAGCAACUCAAUGCCAACUUCUUCAGCAACUAAUCUGAGUAUCCCUCCUUCCCUGAGAGGAAGUCACUCAUUUGAUGAGCGGAUGACAGGCUCUGAUGACGUGUUCUAUCCGGGGACCGUCGGAAUCCCCCCUCAGCGCAUGCUGAGAAGACAGGCUGCGUUUGAGCUGCCUUCAGUCCAGGAGGGACACGUGGAGUCUGAACACCACAGCAGGAUGGUGAAGAGUAUCUCAGGUUCAUCCUUGAAGGAAAAGAAAUUGAUUCCUGGGGACAGGGCUGGCUAUGAGUAUGACGUCUGCCGGAAACCUUACAAGAAGUGGGAAGACUCUGAAACAGCCAAGCCAAGCUACAGGGACAUUUCCUGCUUGAGCUCUUUAAAGCACGGGAGUGAGUACUUUAUGGACCCCUCGGUCCCACUGCAGGGAGCGCCCACCAUGUUCGGACCUACGUGUGAAAACAGGAAGCGCCGGAAAGAGAAGAGUGUAGGAGAUGAGGAGGACACCCCCAUGAUCUGCAGCAGUGCUGUGAGCACUCCUGUGGCCAUAAUGACUUCAGAUUAUGACCCCAAGUUGCAGCUGCCGGAAGGUGGAAGAAGUGGAUUCGCCAUGGCUGCGCACGACAGCACUUCUCACGGUCACUCAGAGCGCUUUGACCCUUGUCGACCCCAACUGCACUCUGGAAGUUCAUCUCUAGGGUCAGAGGAGUUACCAUCAGCCACCGAUUCAGACAAGGUGUCAGACCUAGGGGGCAGGAAACCUGCAGGAAAUGUGAUUUCUGUGAUUCAACACACAAACUCACUGAGCCGACCCAAUUCAUUCGAAAGGUCUGAGUCAUCCGAGCUGGCGCCUGGUGCACAGGAGAAAGCCUCUUCCCCUUCUGAGACCUGUGACAGUGAGAUUUCAGAAGCCCCAGUGAGCCCAGAGUGGGCUCCCCCUGGGGAGGGUGCAGAAGGCGGGGGGAAACCGUCCCCUUGUCAACAGGUUCAACAGCAGGUGUACCACGCACAGCCCAGGCUGGUUCGCCAGCACAACAUUCAGGUUCCCGAGAUUCGAGUGACAGAGGAGCCAGACAAACCAGACAAGGAGAAAGAAGCCCAGAGCAAAGAGCCAGAGAAGCCUGUGGAGGAAUUUCAGUGGCCCCAGAGAAGCGAGACCCUUUCCCAGCUUCCAGCCGAGAAGCUGCCACCCAAAAAGAAGCGGCUGCGACUCGCGGACAUGGAGCACUCUUCCGGGGAGUCCAGCUUUGAGUCCACAGGCACCGGCCUGUCGCGCAGCCCCAGCCAGGAAAGCAACCUGUCCCACAGCUCCAGUUUCUCGGUGUCUUUUGAAAGAGAAGAAGCCAUUAAGCUUGCUGCACCUGGCAAUAAGCAAGAUGAGUUUGGGAAGCACUCAGAGUUUCUGACUGUCCCUGCUGGUUCAUACUCACUGUCAGUCCCAGGCCACCACCACCAGAAAGAGAUGCGGCGCUGCUCAUCUGAGCAGAUGCCUUGCCCCAACCCAACUGAAGUCCCAGAGACUAGGAGCAAAUCAUUUGAUUAUGGGAAUCUGUCCCACGCCCCGGUGGCAGGGACAUCGGCCUCCACGCUAUCCCCAUCCCGCGAGAGGAAGAAAUGCUUCCUGGUGCGGCAGGCUUCCUUCAGCGGCUCCCCUGAGAUUGCCCAGGGUGAGGCCGGCACUGACCUGGGCGUCAAGCAGGAGCAGAUGGAGCACCUGCACGCUGGCCUCAGGUCCACGUGGCACCACGCCCCGUCCUCCGUGCUGCCCCCUCUCCAGGCAGAGGACCUAGGGAAGCAGCUGGUGGGUCCUUGUGCCCAGCUGGGCGCGGGACCACUGCACCUGGCCCAACAACAGAUCCUGCACAUGGAUAGUCAGGAGUCUCUGAGAAAUCCCUUAAUACAGCCAACAUCCUAUAUGGCAAGCAAGCACUUGUCUGAACAGCCACAUUUAUUUCCACAUCAGGAGGCGAUUCCGUUUUCUCCGAUCCAGAACGCCUUGUUUCCGUUUCAGUACCCUGCUGUCUGUAUGGUUCACCUGCCGGCCCAGCAGCCUCCGUGGUGGCAGGCCCACUGCCCGCACCCCCUUGUGCCGCACCCCCAGAAGAGCUACGGCAAGCCUCCUUUCCAGGCAGAAAUUCAUCCCAGCUACCCCUUAGAGCACGCUGCAGAGCACACUGGAAAGAAAGCUGCUGAUUACGCACACGCAAAAGAGCAAACUUACCCGGGUUAUUCGGGAGCAUCAGGGCUGCACUCAAAGAACCUUCUUCCAAAGUUUCCGUCAGACCAGAGCACCACGUCAACAGACGUGCCCUCUGAGCAGGGUCUUCAAGAGGAGUUUGCCUCGGCGCCUGCCGGGCCUUUAAGGUCCUUGCCGGGGACGGUGGUCCCUGUUAGGAUCCAGACCCAUGUCCCGUCCUAUGGGAGUGUCAUGUACACAAGCAUCUCCCAGAUACUUGGGCCGAACAGUCCUGCGAUUGUCAUAUGCAAAGUGGAUGAGAAUAUGACCCAGAGAACACUGGUAACGAACGCGGCCAUGCAAGGGAUAGGGUUUAACAUUGCCCAGGUGUUGGGGCAGAACGCAGGCUUGGAAACAUACCCCAUCUGGAAAGUACCUCAAACCUUACCCCUCGGCUUGGAAUCCUCAAUUCCCUUGUGCUUACCUUCCACUUCCGACGGUGUCGCCACCCUGGGAGGCAGCAAGCGGAUGCUUUCUCCCGCCAGCAGCUUAGAGCUCUUCAUGGAGACAAAGCAGCAGAAAAGGGUCAAAGAAGAAAAGAUGUACGGACAGAUCGUGGAGGAGCUCAGUGCUGUGGAGCUAACCAACUCGGACAUCAAAAAGGAUCUCUCCCGCCCACAGAAACCCCAGCUGGUUCGACAAGGCUGCGCUUCUGAGCCAAAGGACGGCUCGCAGUCGGGGUCAUCUUCCUUGUCCUCGCUCUCCCCCUCCUCAUCUCAAGACCAUCCCUCUGCCAGUGCGCCCCCAAGGGAGCCAUUCCCUCCUAGCUCCAGGGCACCCUCUCUCGGGCAGAGGUCCAGUGGGCCUUCUGAGAGCAAGGAGUCUUCGGAUGAAUUGGAUGUUGAUGAGACAGCCUCUGACAUGAGCAUGAGCCCACAGGGUUCCUCGUUGCCCCAGGCAGACAGUCAGACGGCAGAGCAAGCAAGGGGCCAGAAGCUGCCGGUUGGCAUGCUGGUCCACAUGGCCUCCGGCCCAAGCGGGAAAGCGGCAAACUCAACCCUUCUUUUCACGGAUGUGGCUGAUUUCCAGCAGAUUCUUCAGUUCCCCAGUCUGCGGACAACAACUACUGUGAGUUGGUGCUUCUUGAAUUAUACAAAACCCAAUUAUGUGCAACAGGCCACCUUCAAAUCCUCGGUUUAUGCUUCAUGGUGCAUUAGUUCCUGUAAUCCAAACCCAUCGGGAUUGAACACCAAGACCACUCUGGCUCUUCUGAGGUCAAAGCAAAAAAUCACCGCAGAAAUUUAUACUCUGGCUGCUAUGCACAGGCCUGGAACCGGCAAGCUGACAUCAUCAAGUGCUUGGAAGCAGUUCACUCAGAUGAAACCUGAUGCGUCCUUUUUAUUCGGCAGCAAACUAGAGAGGAAACUAGUGGGAAAUAUCUUAAAGGAAAGAGGGAAAGGAGAUAUUCAUGGGGAUAAAGAUAUUGGAUCCAAACAAACUGAGCCAAUCCGAAUUAAAAUCUUCGAAGGAGGGUAUAAGUCAAAUGAAGACUACGUAUAUGUCAGAGGACGCGGACGUGGGAAGUACAUUUGUGAAGAAUGUGGGAUUCGCUGCAAGAAGCCGAGCAUGCUCAAGAAGCAUAUCCGCACACACACUGACGUCCGGCCUUAUGUGUGCAAGCUGUGUAACUUCGCCUUCAAAACGAAAGGAAACCUGACGAAGCAUAUGAAGUCGAAAGCACACAUGAAAAAAUGCCUGGAGUUGGGAGUCUCAAUGACUUCAGUGGAUGACACGGAGACCGAGGAAGCAGAAACUAUGGAAGAUUUGCACAAAACGGUGGAGAAGCAUAGCAUGUCCAGUAUUUCAACUGAUCAUCAGUUCUCAGAUGCCGAAGAGUCGGAUGGUGAGGACGCCGAUGACAACGAUGAUGAUGAUGAGGAUGAUGACGACUUUGAUGACCAGGGUGAUUUGACACCAAAAACCAGAUCGAGAAGCACCAGUCCCCAGCCUCCUCGAUUCUCCUCCUUGCCCGUGAAUGUCGGCGCCGUGCCCCAUGGGGCUCCUUCGGACAGUUCCCUGGGACAUUCUUCAUUGAUCAGCUAUUUGGUUACUUUGCCAAGUAUUCAGGUUACUCAGCUAGUGACACCAAGUGACUCAUGCGAAGACACCCAGAUGACAGAAUACCAGAGGUUAUUCCAGAGCAAAAGUACGGACUCGGAACCGGACAAAGACCGGUUAGACAUACCCGGGUGUAUGGAUGAAGAGUGCAUGCUGUCUUCAGAGCCCAGCUCCUCUCCAAGGGACUUCUCCCCCUCAAGCCACCAUUCCUCACCAGGCUAUGAUUCUUCACCCUGUCGCGAUAAUUCACCAAAGAGGUAUCUGAUACCCAAAGGAGAUUUAUCACCCAGAAGACAUUUAUCACCUAGGAGAGAUCUAUCACCCAUGAGACAUCUUUCACCAAGAAAGGAAGCUGCACUGAGAAGAGAGAUGUCCCAAAGAGAUGUUUCACCAAGACGGCAUCUGUCCCCAAGGAGGCCGUUGUCACCUGGGAAAGAUAUCACGGCAAGAAGAGACCUCUCUCCCAGAAGAGAGAGAAGAUACAUGACCUCCAUAAGAGCGCCAUCUCCCAGAAGGGCUUUAUACCACAACCCACCAUUGACCAUGGGGCAGUAUUUGCAAGCAGAGCCCAUUGUCUUGGGGCCGCCUAAUUUAAGAAGAGGAUUACCUCAGGUUCCUUACUUCAGUCUCUAUGGAGACCAAGAAGGUGCUCAUGAACAUCCAGGCCCCAGCCUUUUCCCUGAGGGACCUCAUGACUACGUCUUCAGUCAUCUUCCACUCCACUCUCAGCAGCAAGUCCGAGCUCCUAUCCCCAUGGUGCCAGUUGGUGGGAUCCAGAUGGUUCACUCCAUGCCGCCGGCCCUCCCUGGUUUACAUCCUCCACCCACAUUGCCUCUGCCAAUGGAGGGCUCCGAGGAGAAGAAAGGAGCUUCCGGGGAAUUCUUCGCUAAGGAUCCCUACGUUGUUUCUAAGCAGCACGAGAAGCCAUCGCCUCACCUUUUGCAGUCAUCUGGUCCACCCAGCAUGCCCUCCUCUCCUCGCCUGCUGAUGAAACAGAGCACUUCAGAAGACAGCCUGAAUGCAACAGAGAGGGAGCAGGAGGAGAACAUACAGACUUGUACAAAAGCCAUUGCCUCUCUCCGGAUUGCCACAGAAGAGGCCGCUCUGCUUGGGGCGGACCAGCCAGCACGGGGCCCGGAGCCCCAGCAGAAACCCUUGGAGAGUGCACAUGUCAGCAUUAGACACUUUAGUGGACCUGAGCCGGGGCAGCCCUGCACCUCAGCUCCCCACGCGGACCUGCAUGACGGUGGAAAGGACAGUUUGGGUACAUCACAGACUGCGUUAGCUCACGCCACAUUUUACAGCAAAGGUUGUGCGGAUGACAAGCCGUCAGGCUUUCAUGGCAGCAAAGAAUCACCUUCAAGCACAGAGGAGGGCAGAGAACCUUCGUCAGAGAAGAGUCAGCUACAUUGAUCUAAGAUGCAUGGGGACUUCCAUUUCCACCUUUUCUUAUUUUGUUUCGUUUUUCUAGAAAUAGAGGUAAUCGAGUUGAUAGCAUGCCUGUCCUAAGUUACGGUAGUUUGCUAUUAUAUAUACUUUUGUUUAUAGCAAAAGAAUUAGGAGAAUUAACAAGUCAUCAUGAGCCUGACCAAAACAAAAUUUGAAAUUAACCUAUUGGGUCUGGUACUUUUAAAAUUGUACAGAUGUUUGUGCCUUUUCUUUACUUUGCUUAUAUUCUUAUAAGCAUUUUUUAGCAGUAAUUUGUACAUAUUUUAGAAUUUGUGUAUCUGCUUUGUAAUAAAUGUAAUUUCUUUCCUUUUUUGGACACUUGGAUCUAAAUGAUGUAAAGCAAAACAGCAUCAAUAUAUAUGUGAGGUUGCACUAAAACAUAUUUUUAUAUGAUUAAAACUGAACAGCUUUUAUGUACAGCUCUGAUUCUGUAAUACUAAUAUUUAUUUACUUUGUUUCAUAAAUUGUACAUUUUUUCUUAAUGUUGUGGAUUGCUUUUCUAUGUGAAGCAUGGGAUUUACUGUUGCAUAACUAGACAAAAAUGUAUAUUGUAAACAAGUUAUUUAAACUAGAGUAUCUUAUUCUGCACUUAUGCAUUAGUUAAGAAAAAGAUAAAGGAUGUAUCAGUCAGUUCUUAACUCUUGUAAAUUUUUUUGACUCUUGUUUGCUGGAUUGACGAUAACUUAAGUGCUGAUUGUGAUUUUUAAACUGAUAGUACCGUAAAGCAUUAAAGUAAACAACGUGCUAUUGUGAGUUUUUUCAAAGCUUUAUAAAUCAGUUAUAAAUAAUAUUAAAAGUAUUUGGUCUUAUGUGAACAUGUUGAUCUAUAUACUCAUCUAAAAAUAUGGGAAAACAUUCCGCCCCAUGUAAAUAUGUACAAGUGCAUCACUGGUACAAUUUUAUGUAACUCAGUUGGACACUAGGUUACCACAGACCUAUGCUAGGGUGUCUUUAAAAAUUAAAGUGACAAAGCACAUGGGACUGUGUAGAGCUUGCUUAUCGGCCGGCCCGGUGGCUUGGCAGGCAGUGCUGUGCGCUGCCCGUGGAGAAGAUCUGGGCUUAGAAAUCUCCUUGGUUCUUGCUGCACGCGAUGGUGACUGGAACUAAGGCUACUUAAGAGGGGUCGCACUUGGACUCUGAGGGGUGGGUGUGGAAGCGGGGAAGAGGCAUGGGGACCUGGCUGCUCACAGCCCUUCCCGUCAGCCAGUCCACACGGUGACAGGGUUGGCGUCAGCUUUAGGAGAAGCCACUUUACCCUUUGGCAGAGGGGAAGUGUCGCACUUCUGGCUAUCUCAGGGGGAAUGGGAGGAAGAAGCUUUCCGGGGGGAGAGAACUCGUGGGAGCACGAUGUCUUUUGUAUGUAACAUUCACAACGGGCUUUGGGGAGUGUUGAAGGCGGGCAGAGCCUUUGCAGGUCCAGAAGAAAGGAAGGAAGGGAGGGUACAACAACACGCGCACGCACACGUGUGUGUGCACGUACGCACACACAAUCUGGGUUAUCUUUGUGCUAUAUAGUGGAUUAUAAUUCUGUGAAACCAAGUUUGUAUAUUGAAUUACAUUAAGGAGUGUUCUUUAAAAAGAGAAAUAAAUAUACAAUUACAUGCUU